AUGAACAAAAAAAUAGCAGUGAGCGAAGAAUCAAAAUCAACCGAUGAAUCUGAAAUCGAUUUAUCAUUAAGUGCAAGCCAAAAAGUUUUACAUUCAGCACAAAAUCAGCAAGUUCAGUUUACUAAAGAAAAUGCACUUGCAUCAGAUGGCGAAAGUAAUUUUGUCGCAGAUACGAGCGCUAUUGGUACAAUGAUUCAUGGUGCCAAUGAUUUGGCGGCAAUGACCACUGUUGCAACUGCAAAUGCUACUAGUGAUAUUACAACACCAGAAAAUGAUAAUGUGCAAAUUUACUUACAUAUUUUGGCACUGAUGAAGAAGAAUUAUUGUCAUACAUCGAUUCCUGUUGGUGACGUUGAUGCAUUUAUAAAAAUACCACGACCAGAUGAGAUGGAAGAUGAUUUGGGUUUGGUAGUGUUGGAUGAGCCAGCACUGGAACAAAGCGAUCCCAUUAUUUUAAAUUUGAAAAUACGUAACGAAUUAAAACAUUGUACAAAUACAUUAGCAAAGGAUAUACCGGUGAAAAAAUUGGAACGAGCUGAUGAAAAUAUUGAAGAAAUUGAACAUUGGAUAAGUAGUAUUAAGGAAAUACAUCGAACUAAACCAGCUGAUAUUGUAAUAUAUACCAAACCGAUGCCAAAUGUUGAACAUUUAAUGCAAGAAUGGCCAACUGAAGUGGAGAAUUUGCUAAAAAAUGAACAGUUACCAAGCGCAGCAUUGGAUGUUUCACUGGAAGAUUAUGUUGACAUUUGUUUGGCAUUAUUAGACAUACCUGUGCAAAAAUCUCGAAUUCAAUCACUUCAUGUACUUUUUACAUUGUUUGCCGAAUUCCGCAACUCACAACAUUUCCGAAAGUUGACUAAAAAUAAUUUCAUGAAUAACAGUAAUGAUGUAUUUAAUGGACGUAAUAAUCAUAAUGAACCGGAACGGCUUGAACUGUAA